CACCAGGGAAAAUUCUCUGCAGGCAAAGCAGCGAAAGCAAGCGAUAUCGUGCAAAGAGCCAAACCCUGUCCGAGGAGAUUUUUCCAUUUGAGGGCCACACGAUCCUCUUCUGUCUUCGUUGUCAGUCCCCAUCAAACCCCACCUCUUCUCUGCUUUACAUGGAUAGAAAGGAAGGGAAGAGAGAGAGAGGGAGAGAGAAUAAAAACAGGGGAAGUGUGUACAUUUUGGGUUUGAUUUUUUGAGCGACGUCUAGCGAAACACGUAUUCAAUACUGGUCCGCGAACGCACGAAGGACGCAAGAACGAACACCGCGAUGCCAUUGACGCUGCCCGCAUUUAUUUCCUCCGUUUCAAGAUAAGGCGCCGCCCCCUCUCCUCCUUUGUUGUUCUCUUGAGUCCGAGGGGGUCGUCGAUUCUUGGGUUGGAGAGAUUUUUUUGUUGGAAGAAAGUGGGUUGUUUCAAAUGUCUGGUGAAGAAUCGUCUUCUGGGUUUCUGGGUCUUGAAGGGGUCGAAGAUGUCGAAGACUACAUCUGGGCAAAUGAGGGUGAAGGGUCACUGCCUUGGGACAGGUUCAGUCAUGUCUUUGAUCUUGUGCAAAAUGGAAACCAAACAUUUCGGCAGAAUCGUCUUGCAUCAUUUGAACAGUCGAUCAAUUACUACUCAAGGGCAAACAAUAUCAAACCCAAUGAUCCUGUCAUUCUUGGAAACCGAUGUGCUGCUUAUAUAAGGAUUAGCCAAUUCUUGAAACUCAGAAAUCCGUCAGACUCUGAAUAUAGGGCGUUGAAUGGGCUGGAUCCUACAAUACAUGCAGAACUUGCCUUAAAGGAUGCUGAGAAGCUACUGAGUCUCCAAAGUACUUCAGUCAGACCAUAUAAUUUGAAGGCCAGAACUCUUUUAUUGUUGGAGAAGUAUGAAAUGGCUAGGGACACAGUAAUAUCUGGUCUUCAGGUGGAUCCUUUUAGCAAUCCUCUUCGAGCCAUUCUACAAUAUUUGGAGAGAAAUUUGACCAGAGUAGUGGAGAGGCAAGGCCAUGGAAGACCUGAGCGUACAGAUGACUUUGAUUGCACUCUGUGCUUGAAACUACUAUAUGAGCCUAUCACAACACCAUGUGGUCAUUCUUUUUGUCGAUCAUGCUUGUUUCAAUCUAUGGAUCGUGGGAACAAAUGUCCAUUGUGCCGGACAGUUCUAUUUAUGAGUCCUAGAACAUCUGCUGUCAGUGUGACACUCAACAACAUUAUACAAAAGAACUUUCCAGAGGAAUAUGCUGAGAGGAAGGCAGAGCAUGAAAGUCUUACAUAUUUAGGAGUUGAUUUGGUGCCUCUUUUCGUGAUGGAUGUCGUUAUCCCUUGCCAGAAGUAUCAUCUUCACAUUUUUGAGCCCCGAUACAGGCUCAUGGUGAGGAGGAUAAUGGAAGGGAACCAUCGGAUGGGAAUGGUUGCAAUUGAUUCUGGUACUGGAUCUAUUGCUGAUUUUGCUUGUGAAGUGGAAAUUACUGAGUGUGAGCCACUUCCAGACGGGCGUUUCUUUAUAGAGGUUGAGGGCAGGCGUAGAUUUCGCAUAAUACGAUCCUGGGAUCAGGAUGGAUAUCGUGUUGCGGAAGUUGAAUGGGUACAAGAUGUGCAUCCUUCACAAGAGAACGGAGAAAGAACCGAUGAGUUAUGUGAAAUCCUAAAAGAUGAUGACUCUUUAGUGUCAUCAAUUGUAGAACAUCUUCCAUCAAACUUUUUAGGGAAGUUCCUGUAAGUCAUAACUGGGGAUAAUUUGGACAAGGUGCUUCAGAUCGGCAACACCUUAAAAAUUCUUCGGUUUUAUUAGCAAAGAUGAAAUUUUGGAAUGAGAAAAUUCAUUAAUUUGGAAUGUAUUAUGUAAUGUCAUUUGGACGACCACUAAUCUAGUUUGCCACUCUCCUCUCGGUUACUACAUAGAGAAAGGUGUUAAAAACUUUGGUUGCAUGAAACCUGUAUUUUGUAAUAGCUACUUCAUACUUUUGUUUGUAGAUUUCCAAAUGCUAAGUCCUUUUCUGGGUGAGUUCUUGUAUCUAUAUCUUGUAGCCAGAAAUGUCAAAUAUUGCUGAUACUAAGCCUAUUAGCCAGGGCAACAAAUUCACCCUUUUGAUAACUUCUUUGCAUGUACCUGCAGUAGCAUUCAAGUACUGCCCUUUGAUUAGAACCCUCAUUUUUUCUUGGGUUGUAGUGUAAAUGGCAUCUGAUGUAGCUCGAGUAGAAAGUAUUGAUUCAUUUCUCAGGGCAAGGAUCUAGGGUUAGUGCCAAUUAUAAGUUGGAACAACUUCGUGAGUGUCUAUUUUUGAUAAAUGUAGUGUAAACAGUAUAUGAUUUAGCUCGAGUAGAAAGUAUUGAUUCAUUUCUCAGGGCAAGGAUCUAGG